GGGAAUCGGCGGUUGACUGACGAGAAGCUCAGGCUCGCGUGUUGCCUUAACGUCCAGGCGGCAGCAGCAAGCAGCAGCGUCCGGCUCCGCCUGCCCGAUCAGCCCGCUGUUGCGCGGAGCUCCGGAUGCUCCUUUUCCUCCUCCGCUCCUCCGUUUUCCUUCGGCGGAUUUAUGCUCAUGCUGCUCGGAACUACAUCACGGUAGGUUAGCCGCCUCAGCGAGCACACCGCACCGCACGCCGGAGUCGAUGGAGAAAAUAAGUUGACUGCCUCCGGAAGAAUUUGUUUUCCUCGCCGCGAGGAAGGGAAAAGGGGGGGAUUUUUUGCUCGUUUCGUCGACGCGAUGGGGGCUUCAGGACCGGAGGAGCUUCGGCGAUUUUGACACGGCGAGAGACGCCACCUUUCAGAGAGAUAUUUUCUUUUCGAGUCCACCAAAACAGCCCCCUCGGUUCCGGAGCGCCGUCCACCAUCCACCCAGCCAGCCUUCCCUGCUCGGUACAUGGUCGCUCUCCGGCGCUCCAUAACCCACCAUCGGGAAUAUAUGGAGGGGAUUUCGUUCACUUGCAGCCCUGAAAGCGAGUGAGUUUAGCCAGCUAGCGAGCACCGGGGUCAGUGGCGGUGGCCUUGGGCGAGAAUCCAGUCCUAACUUCUCCAAAAAAAACUGCAUGCAGCCUCCUCCGGCCGUGGAAGCAGCCUCGGCUCCGGACCAGCCAAUAUGGCCAAUGUGAAGAAGUCUAAAAGAUGAAUGUUGCAUUCCCCACGUAACCCACAUUCAGUUUCGCACUCAGAAAAAGAGGGAAACGAGGGCCCCGGGUUGUUUCGAGCGCGGAGAGCUUCGCCACCUCCACCAUGAGGGAGAUUUAAGGCCGUGCAGGAUCCCUGGACUGAGGGGGGAGUGGGAUUUUUGUUCGUCACAUCAUCGUUUUGUUUUAUUUUCAUUUCUUUGGUUUAGUUUUAGCCUUGUUUCCUCCAGUGAGGGUCAUUCUGGAUGUGCACGGUCGCGAUUGUUGUGAUCUGCUUUUGGAGAAUAAAUUUGUGGUGCUUGUGCACAGAGAGAUUUCCCAGAAGUAGGUCAGAUCAUAUGGAAGAUAACGCAUAGAGUUGGCUCUAUGAGAGUGAGUGCACUCAUGUUAGAACGACAUCUCGUCACAUUUCUUUUUAUCUGUUCCAAGCAUUUUUGUUUGGAUUUCCAUGUCCAUUGGAUAGAUGGCAGGCCAAUGAUAGUUUGACGACCGCUGCUGCUAUCUCGACAGCCUCCCAUCUCUUCGCCCGAUUGAUCUCUUCGGAGACCCCAUUUUUCGCUCUUGCCCCCUCUUUUUGUGUUUUCUCUUUUUUUUUUGCCUCCCCUCUUUUUUCUGGCUGUUGAGUGAAUGGCUCUUUGCGGGACGACGGCGACCAAUGCCGCAAAAAUGAUGGCAGCGUACAGCGGCGGCGCUUCGGCCGUGGCGGCCCAUCACCCGCACCACCACCACCAGCUGCCGCACCUUCCGCCUCCCCACCUGCAUCACCACCACCACCCGGGCCAGCACCACCUGCAGCACCCCGGCUCGGCCGCGGCCGUGCACCCCGUACAGCAGCAGCACGCCUCCGCUGCUGCUGCGGCGGCCGCAGUCAUGCUGAACCCGAACCAGCAGCAGGCAUACUUCCCUUCACCUGCUCCCGGGCAGGCCCCUGGCCCUGCGGCGGCGGCGGCACCAGCCCAGGUGCAGGCGGCAGCGGCGGCAGCCGUCAAGGCGCACCAUCAUCACCACCAGCACGCUCACCACCUGCAGCAGCAGCUGGACAUCGAGCCGGACAGACCCAUCGGGUACGGAGCGUUCGGCGUGGUCUGGUCAGUGACUGACCCCAGGGAUGGCAAGCGCGUGGCCCUCAAAAAGAUGCCCAACGUCUUCCAGAACCUCGUCUCCUGCAAGAGGGUCUUCCGUGAACUGAAGAUGCUCUGCUUCUUCAAGCAUGAUAAUGUCCUGUCAGCUCUGGACAUCCUGCAGCCCCCCCACAUCGACUAUUUUGAGGAAAUCUAUGUGGUGACAGAGCUGAUGCAGAGUGACCUGCAUAAAAUCAUCGUGUCUCCUCAGCCCCUCAGCUCCGACCAUGUCAAAGUCUUUCUCUACCAGAUCCUCAGAGGUUUGAAGUAUCUGCACUCCGCUGGCAUCCUGCACAGAGACAUCAAACCUGGCAACCUUCUGGUCAACAGCAACUGUGUGCUCAAGAUCUGUGACUUUGGCCUUGCUCGGGUGGAGGAGCCUGACGAGUCACGUCACAUGACCCAGGAGGUGGUUACACAGUACUACCGUGCCCCUGAGAUCCUGAUGGGCAGCCGCCAUUACUCCAACGCCAUUGACAUCUGGUCUGUGGGCUGCAUCUUCGCCGAGCUGUUGGGCCGACGCAUCCUUUUCCAGGCCCAGAGUCCCAUCCAACAGUUGGAUUUGAUCACUGAUCUGUUGGGGACGCCGUCUCUGGAGGCUAUGAGGACAGCAUGUGAGGGGGCAAGAGCUCACAUUCUUAGAGGACCCCAUAAACAGCCUUCACUUCCUGUCCUCUACACCCUGUCCAGUCAGGCCACCCAUGAGGCAGUUCACCUGCUCUGUCGGAUGCUCGUCUUUGACCCGUCAAAGAGGAUCUCAGCGAAGGAUGCUCUUGCUCACCCGUACCUGGAUGAGGGGCGUCUGCGCUACCACACCUGCAUGUGCAAGUGCUGUUACACCACCUCCUCCGGCCGUGUGUACACCAGCGAUUUUGAACCCGUCACCAACCCCAAGUUUGACGACGGCUUCGAGAAGAAUCUAACAUCGGUCCGGCAGGUCAAAGAGAUCAUUCAUCAGUUCAUCCUGGAGCAGCAGAAGGGGAAUCGGGUACCUCUCUGUAUUAAUCCUCAGUCUGCCGCCUUCAAAAGCUUUAUCAGCUCUACAGUAGCGCAACCCUCUGAGAUGCCUCCGUCUCCUCUGGUGUGGGAGUAGCUGAUGAUGACGAGGAAGAAGACGAUGACAAAGACGAAGUGGGUGGUGGUUACCCUUUCAGCGGUCCCCUCCGCGCAAACACCCCGCGCAACCCUGGACUACUGACGCCCAGGCAUCCCCAAAAACCUGCGUAGCAUUUCACUGGAGUCUAGCACUAGCAAAAGUUGCUGAUGAGUGUACUGUAAUACUAACUAAAAAUGAAGUUCUGAAGAACCAACCACUGCUGUUCGGGUCGAGGAGGGACACAGGGAGGGAGGGGGAGGGGGUAGGGUGUUAACGUACAGUAGAAGUAUUCCCACUAGUAUGUAGGUAUACAGAGGUGUGUGAGAGAAGUGCACAUGCGCACGUAUAUACAUAUAUAUAUACACACACACGCGUGCGAGUGCAGCCGGACGAAGACGGCCUGCAUGGACUCCGUGUGCUGUAGUGGUCCCUGAAGGAAGGCUCUUUCUGUUCAUCCACUCAUGCUUUAUUUAUUCACUGAUAGAGGGAACGCCUGCAAUUUCUCCACAUCGCAUGGAGGCACCACAGCACUCUCCACCUCCACCUCUCUGUCCCUCUCUCUCUCUUUGUCUCUCUCUCUUUCCCAUGCCUAGCCUUUCCCUCAGAACUGUCCUGCAUUUUGUCCAGCUUGAGUCAAUAUUAAUUUAUUUAAUUUUCAGCCAUAGUGUCAAAUAAUUUUUAUAGUGUUUGUUUAUUUUAUUUUAGGUUGUUCAUCCACGUCUCGUUCUUUACUUUCUCUUAGAAAUCUCAUAAAUCAGUAUUUGAAGACUUGUGUGACAGUGCAGAGAUACUGAUGACAAGGCCACAUGUAAGACUGCUGACCGUGGUGGGCAUGCUGGGCUGGUGGUCCUGUCAGUAUUUCGGCCAGUUUGUAGUGAGAGCUCAUACAGAAGCACGGCCAGGCUUAAACCGCCAGGACAUGAUGACUGAAUGGGACAAAAGACAGGGCCACCACAGGCCUAUAUACCCCCCACACCCCACAGAGAUCUGAGGAGAUCUCUGGAGGGUCCUACAGGCCCACACUGGAGUUCAUUAGAAAAGUGGGGUAAAAAAAGCAUGAGGAGGCAUCACGUAAUAUUCAGCUGCCAUCCUGAUAUAAUAUGACUGUGCACUCCAAUGCCAGUCGUGGCUUAACAAAAAACAAAAAUAAAUAAAUAAAUAAAAACAGCUACUAUAGAAGGAAUAUGAAAGUUUGCUUAUUUAUGAACCCAUACAGUAUACAAAUGAGCCAAACCUAAAUCGAGAAGACUGAACCGAAGAAAACAGAAGGAGAUAACGUGAUGCGAUAAACAGCCAUUCCGUGAUAACGAACAUAUAUUCCCAAAACUUGUCCUUUAAAAAGACGAGUGCACCAUUGUGUGAGUGAAUGUGCAUGUAUGAAUCCAAAGCAUGCUUUUGGUCUGGCCAUGGAGUCACUAUGGCGAUUGCCAUGGAACCUCAGUUCCAUGUUCCCAACCCUCAACGCCCAUUCUGCGCUUUUUUUUUUUGUUGUUGUUGUUGUCGUUUUUUUUUUUAUUUAAAGAACGCAAGAAGAGAUGAUUAGUUUAUGAAAGCAAAUAGUCAUUCGAGCAGAAGAGUAGUCUCACUUACAUAUGUUUCACACUGUCUGUACCGCAGUCUCUCUGAAAAAAGGAACAAAAAAUCUCUUAAAAAGAAAAUAUUUAAUAUAUUUUUAGAUGACUAUUUUUAUUUCUUCCUUAAUGUGCUAUGGCAUGCUUUCUCAUGAUCCACUGAAUAUGGUAUGUAAAUAAGUGAGUAGUUGAUAGAUUUCAAUGGAAAAUAAAACUACAGUGAAGCAAAAGAUGUGCUGUAAAAAAAAAAAUCAAACAAAAAAAACCAAAAUUAAUAAAAAAUAAAUAAAAUCACAAGACAAUACUGCUGUACAGAGGUUGAAUUAGCCUGCACAUUUUUAGGGCUGUGAAAUUUGAUUUUAUUUUUGAGUUUUUUUGCAUAUAAUUGUAAAUAUUUUUUUUCUUUUCUUUUUUUUUCUGAGUUUUUGUUUUUCCCUGCACUAAAAGUGUAGAUAAAGACGUAAUCCAAAACAGUAUGAUUAUGGAAACAAACAACACAUAACCAAUUAUGUUAAUUGUGUCUUGUGUAUACUGCAGAAAAAAGAGCUGUGGAUAUGAGUAGUCUAAUGAAGUAGAACCCUUUAUUAUUAUUAUUAUUAUUAUUAUUAUUAUUUCAUUUACUUUAAAGAAACACUGAACUCGUUGUGUAUAUGUAUAUAAUGAAUUCACAUUGUUGGUCUCUACCUCUGGAGCUCAAUGACUUGGUUGUUUACCUCCACACGUUUUUAAUUUAAUGUGGAGAUUUAAAACUUGAAUGUCCCUUCCAACUUUUAUAUUCCUAUAAAACCCUGUGCAAAAAAAUGACAAAAAAAAAUCAUUAAAAUUGCAAUUGGUUGGAGGUGGGCCCAUCAUAUCCUUGUACAAAAUUCCAUAUUCCCACGUAUUCCCAACUCAGUGUUUUUCCGACUGUUAGAUCACACCAAUCAUUUUUGUCAUGCCAGAAGACCCACAUUGAUCAACAUGGUUGGUGUCCUUCACUGAAAGAUGUCACAUUCGAAUCUGAAGUCCAAACCCGUGGCGAUGCUAAAAUAUAAGAGUGAGUGCAGCGUAUUGAAGAUAACCACACAGAAUUAAACAGUGUUGGCGAAAAAGAGACUAACCUGUAACUUCUGUUGGGCCAAUUUGAAAAGGUACUACUCAUGCUGUCAAAGGUUUUUAUAAGACAUUUGAAGUUUAUACUCAGAGGUAAUGGUAUUUGCAUACAUUUUACGACAUAUAUGAUUAUAAUAAGGAGAUAGCUUUCGAUGGCCUGAAAAACAGAGGUGGUGAUUCAGAGGAACCGGGAGGGUUCUAGAUGUAUUAUGUGUUUGAAAAAAGCGGCCGGUCUCUUUUCAAAGUGUAGAUUUGAAGUACAGUGGUGAAGCUCAUUAAAUAAAUGUUGACAUUUAUGGAAAUGAAAA